AUGUCCGAUCGGCAGCCGGGUCCGUCUUCGUCCGGAUAUCAAGAAGAUGAAGAAUCAAAAUCACGAAAAAAACAUUGGAAAAAGGCAAAACCGUCAGCAGAUCACGUGAAGCGACCGAUGAAUCCGUUCAUGAUUUGGUGUCAAAAGAAGCGUGGUGAAAUGCUAAAAUCUCAGAAAGGAACAAGGCCCGCAGAAAUUAGUAAACUUCUGGGAGAAGGUUGGCGAUUGCUGUCUGAUGUGGACAAACAACCGUAUGUGGAAGAAGCGGAGCGAUUGAAAAUGGACCAUGAAAGAAACUCACAUGUACGUCGAAAAUCUCCCGACCAUGUGAAAAGGCCAAUGAACCCUUUUAUGAUUUGGUGUCGAUCGAAACGUGGCGAGAUGCUGAAAACGCAGCCGGGAAUGAAGCCAUCUGAAAUUAGCAAACAAUUGGGAGAAGGUUGGAGGAACAUGUCUGAUGAUGAGAAAAGGCCGUUUGUUGAUGAAGCUGAACGACUGAAAAUGGACCAUGAGAGGAACCACCCAGACUACAAAUACAAACCUCAAAAGAAGCAAAAACGAGAAAGAAAACCAAUUAAUGAUAUGUCAACCAGUUCGGAAAGCCUUGCAACCAUGUUCUCAACUACGCCUAGCAUAAUUCCACCAGCUUUGCAAGUUUUCUACCCAAAUUUUCAAGGAGUGCCGACACAAACUUUUUCAACGUCUUCUUCUGGGAAUUUCGGAAAUUCAAACAAUCCAGGAACCAGCAGAGGUCAAGAUUCAAGAUUCGGUUUUCACUAA